AUGUUCCAAUGUCCAAAAUGCCAAAGGACCUUCGCGGUGAGGAAAAGUUUGUUGAGACACUGUAGAGCGAGGUGCAGCCAGGAUGAGGAGCCCGCAUCCAAGCGUCCAUGUAAUGCAACCGCUCCACGCAGCACUGCAGACAAGUGGGAAUGUCCUCGAUGCCGGCAAAAAUUCUCGGCACGAAAAGGUUUACUGCGACAUGGUAGAGAGGUCUGCACAAGCGAGAAGAGUCCACCCGAACAACAACGUGUAGAAGCUAGCAUCACCCAGACCACCACAGGACUCAAUACCAGACGACUGGAUCCUUCAACAGCCAACGUUGCAAUACCGGGACCGAGUCGAAUGAGUCCAACCACCAGUAACGACUCACAGACGAGUGCGGAAAGCAGAACAAUUCGCUGUGAUAGUUGCAACUGUGAGGUACCGAGGAAUGCACAUGCAGCACAUCUGAAAAGCAUCAAACAUAAGGCACAUCUAUGGACACCUUUACACAAUAAUGUGUCAGUAUGUCGAAGUGUGCAUUGGGGUAGAAUAGUCAGUUAUCAAAUAACCGCCAGUAUAGACACGUUGAACGUUACUGAAUAUAUGAAUAAUCUUGAACAUGACUCCAUAAACGUGAUUGAAAAUGAAUUGCAUAAGCAAACAACGCUCAAAAUAAAUAUGGAACUUUUUGGUUUAUAUAUCUUACCAGCUAAAAGCCGACGAGAGGUGAAGUCCCACAAUACAAACAAUGUAAUCAUAACACAAUCAUCAAAUUUAAAAGCAAUCUAUCAUGAUUUGGAAAGUAAAAUAGAGCAAAAAUCUGAAGAUUUUGCAGAAAAAGACUCAGGGUGGGUGUUAGAAAAGACUUUAUAUUUAGAAAUUAAUAUUAAUAAAUAUAAUCCUUUGAGAGCAGCAUCAUAUUUGCCGCUUCCAAAGGAAAUUAGGAACAAAAAAGCAGUACUCAAUAUACGUAAUAACGAUGAGUACUGCUUUGCAUGGUCAAUUGUAGCUGGUAUGGUAAAACCAAAAGGUCGAUCAUCACUAACAACGUCAUAUCUACAUUUUUCGAAUGUUCCGGGCUUAAACUUUGCUGGAAUGACAUUUCCAGUCGCUCUCAAGUCAAUAUCAGAAUGUGAAAGCGUGAAUAACAUAUCAAGCAACGUUUAUGGAUUAGAAAAGGAAUUCAUUGAUGGGAAGCCUAAAUAUCAGGUGCUGGGACCGUUACACUACACCGCGCAAAAACAACAUACUCAUCUAAACUUAUUACUUAUUGAUGAUUCAGAAGGAAACCAUCAUUACUGCUUAAUUACCAACUUUUCAAGACUGUUUCAAAUGUCUCAAAAACGGUAA